GUUCAUGGCUUGUAUAUUAUUAUAAAGCCUGGUCAAAUCAAAGACCUACAAAACUUCUUGCUGAAUUUGAAGCUUAUCGAGUUAAAAAGGUGCCAUUUGAUGAUGAUACGUAUGAACAAUUUGCUGAUAUAAACCAAACUAAAAGAAUAAAAGAAAGAACCUGUGAAUUGGAACAACUUAAAAAAAAUAUCGCACUUCCAAUUACCGAUUCGGAUACUACACCUUCUGAUGUUGAAGAUUCUGAUAUUGAAAAUUCAGAUGUUGAAGAUUCGGAUAUUGAAGAUUCUGAUCAAGAACUUCUUGAAGAUUUUGCAAAUUUUGAAAAUGAUGACACCUAUAUUACAACUGAAGAAGAUUGGAAACAACGACUUGAAGAGUGGCGAGAAAUGCUUGCUCAAGAAGAGAAUGCACAAGAAUUAAAUAUUGAUGAUAUAGUUUUAGAUAAUGCUAAGUAUAAUAAUAAGUUGUUAAGUUUGUAUACACAUCCUGCUAUUGAUAUUUAUGCGAAAUGGCCUUUGCAUGAUCUUUUUAUUCGAGAUUUAGAAAGACCAUCAUUUAUAUCAAUUUCAGAUCUUGAUUUUCUUUAG